AUGGGGGGCGGGAUAAGCAACGAGGCGCAGCCGCGGAUUUGGAGUUACAUGUACACCACAGCAACUCCUGUGAAGUACGACCCCCUCACUGGCGCAGUGGUGUCUGCUGCUGCUGGCCCGCAGCAGCAGCAGCAGCAGCAGCAGCAGCAGCAGCAGCAGAAGCGGGAGGCGGCGAGCGGGCCGCGGCGCCCGUCGGCGUGCGUGCCGCUGUCGCGGGCGGCGGCUGCGCAGCAGCAGCAGCAGCAGCAGCAGCAGCAGCAGCUUGGGGGCUGCGUGCAGUCGGUGACGAUCGGGUCUUUGGACUUUGCUGCUGCUGCUGCUGCUGCUGCUGCUGCUGCUGCUGCCUUCCGGGCCUCCCCCCUCGCAGGCUUUGGCUGCGGACUUCCCCUCUGCAGACUUUAUGCUUCUUAUCUUGGAGGAUCUCUUUCUCUCUUUUCCAUUCCCGGCCACGGCACUGACGCCUACGUGGCCCUCCGCAGAAUCGGCGACCAGCAGGAGCUCAUGCCGCCCCCAAGCGGCUGGAUCCAACCCCACAUAGCCCCUCAAGGUUCCUCCCUGCUGCCCCGAAGUAGAACUGGGGUCCCCUGA